AUGGCCUCAGAAGCUGCACCAAAGGUGCCCGUCUACUCUCCCAAUGACCUCAAGUCAACAACCGACGAUGCUCUAGUCCCCUACCUCAGCACCCUCCCGCAACCCUACACCUUCAAGCAAGACCACUUUAAGACAAAUGUCCGCUUCGCCCUCGGCUACAGCGCAGUAGCAAUCGCCGCAUUUACAUUCUACGCAGAUCGCAAGCUAGGCUGGGAGGCGACAACGUCGUCAUGGGUUAUUGCCGCCGUGGUCUCGUACUUUAUCUUGAACUCCCUGCUCACGUACUGGAUUUGGGCUGUUGAGGCGAGCGAGGUCUUCCGGGGGAAGCGCAAGUCUGGCGAGACGAUCCAGUAUAAAUCGGCUUCAGACAGCAUUCUCGAGGAGAAGGAGAUCGAGUCACCCUUUACAGCUUGGUUCUCCGCCGACGGGACGUUUCACCCGGAGCCUUUGCGCAAGUGGUUGGCCAAGGAGAUCAACGUGCUGCGUUUGGCCGCUCAGGAAACUCAGAAGAAGACCGGUGGCAUGGCUAGCGUCGUGGGAGUCGAAGAGACUGAUAGCAAGGAAACCAAGAGUGCGAAGAAGCGAAGGUAG